GUGUAUAUAAAAUCGAUUUUCUCAUCAUUAUUAUAAAACAUUACGCCGGUUGUGCUCUGAAAGUUAAGUUUUUUUUUGUUGAUAGUAGCAUCAAAUAAUUAACUUGAAAGUGUUUGUGAAGGAAUUAUUUGUGCAAAAUGAUUAGCGACGUUCAACUGGCUAUAUUUUCCAAUGUUUUGGGUGUUUUCCUAUUCCUUUUAGUGGUAGCUUACCACUAUAUCUCAGCCAACUCUAACAACAUAGCGAAGACAAAAUAAAAAUAUGCUUAAAUACAUAGCAG